CAGACCUCUACAACAGAAAACAAAACUUGGAUGAAUCUCCACUACAAACCCUUCUGACAGUGACAGACAGGCCAGAGGUAUGAGUUUCACAAUAACAAAAGAUAUCAACAACAAAGGCAACCAAACAGAAGAAUCUGCAAUUCAAACAGGAACCACAGAUUCAAACAAUGACACAAAGAAACACACCUUUGACUUCAAAGUCAAAAACAGUGUGGAGAAAUACGAGAUUCAAAAUGCAUCUGGAAGCCAAAUAGUGCAGACCAGAGGGAACACUGAAAACAUCAGCCCAGCCAAGAAUGACCAAGGAGGUUCACAGUUAGCGGAGCAAAAUCAUCCAAAGCACUUAACCAUUGUACCAUUACAAGAUGAUGUUGUUUCACAUAAGUUAUUGUUGGAGAAUUACCAAGGGAAGUUUUGUGAGGAACAACGGCCGAGCACAAAGCGGCAACUGUCCGCGGAGAGUGCAGCAAAGUCUGUAAGUGUAAGGAAGAGGAGCACUGUGAUAAAGAGCCAAGAAGAGAUUGUGAAACCCCGCUCACUUGCCAGCCCUGGCACACAGCCUGGGAGACCUUAUUUACCUGGAGUCUGCUCCUCUAAGAGGAAACCCAGGAAACUCCUGUUCUCCAGCACUGAGAUUUUCAACAAAGUAGACACAUACUGUAUCAAGAAAGGAAAGGAGUUGAGGGAACUGGAAGUAUUCUCUGCUCAAAAUAUUGCUCGUGCAGUCACUGAGGGGGCCAGAAAUGAUCUGGAGAAACUUAGGGCCAUAUGGAUCUGGCUAUGCCAUAAUAUUGAGUAUGAUUUGGAGGGAUACCUUGGUCUUUCUCAGAAGAUUUGCUCUCCUGAUGAGGUUAUCAGGAAGGGAAAGGGUGUAUGUAGUGGAUACUCUUGCCUCUGUGUGGAAAUGUGCAGGGAGGUGGGCAUUGAGUGUGUGGAGGUGAGUGGGUACAGCAAAGGUGUUGGAUACCAGGCCGGGCUCAGUUUAGCUGAGAAGCAUUCCGAUCAUGAGUGGAAUGCCGUCUUCGUUGGGGGACAGUGGUGGCUGCUUGAUGCGUGCUGGGGAGCUGGCACUGUCAACAUGGAAACCCAAACAUUUAUGAAGAGGUAUGAUGACUUUUAUUUCCUGACUGAGCCUAGUGAGUUUAUAAACUCACAUUUUCCUGAUGAUCAGACCUGGCAACUACUUACCACACCCAUCUCCAUGGAAGAAUUUGAAAUGAGACCCUUGAAGACCUCAGCGUUUUAUCAGUUUGGAUUGACCCUCACACAACCCACACAGUACAAAACAACCACAGAUAACGGGGAGGCACUUGUGUCCAUGAGCUCCUCCAGACCAUUGACCUUUUCAUACGAAAUGAGGCAGCGGGAUCCUCAGACAGGGGCUCCAAAGCAGGAGGAGCUCGACAGCUCCUGUGGUGUCCUGUCAGUGACACGUUAUGGGAUGAAGCUGCGAUUACUCCCCCCGGAACCUGGAGCCUACGAGAUUAAGCUAUUUGCCCAGCGAGAGAGUGAACCUGGUGCUCUGCGGUGGGUUUGUUCACUGGAGCUAGAGUGUACAAGCAUCCAACAGAGGCAGACCCUGCCUGAUAACCCCUACCAGAGCUGGGGCUUAGUAGCCGGGACAUCGGCACUAGGCAUCAAGAGCUGCAGUGUCCAAGGAGAAGAAGCUUUGGAAGUGGGUGACGGUGGGGAGUGCAAGGUGAUCCUACUCACAUCACGACCUCUGAUGAUGGUGUGUGAGCUCAUUCACCAUGAGCUCAGCACUGCUGUGGCCAGGCGCUGCCUUGCAUUGCAAACAGCAGCAGACCAGCUGGUGUGCAAUGUCAUGUGCCCAUACAAAGGAUUUUACCGUCUUUCUAUGUUCGCGCGGGAUUACGACAGUGAAGGUGGAACUUUUCAAAAUGUCGGGAACUAUAUGCUGCAUUGUCGGACCCAAGUGUUAAAUCCCAAUGCACUGUAUCCCGCUGACCUGGGCCUGUGGUGUGGUCCCGGGAUGCGUACUCAAGAAGCUGGACUAUCCCACUUUAGCCAUACGGGGGCGAUAGUGAAUGCACCACAGGGCCGCUGCAACAUCACCUUCCACUGUGACUCACCAGACCUGCAAAUACAUGCAGCUCUCUAUGCAGAGAAUCCAGGUGCUGAGCUGCACAGGGAAGCCCAUUUUCCUCUAUCCCGAUAUGUACUUCUGACAUUUACAGACACUAAGGUAACCGUGAGUGUGUGCACACCUAGUGCCGGAGUCUAUCGUCUUGGUCUUUAUGGACGCAAAUCACCUCAACAAGACUAUAUGCUGCUGUGUGAUUACAUUAUCAGGAAUGUGUGUGAUAGGCUUGAAGAUCCAUUCCCUUUUGUGUAUUCAGCAUGGGGAAAAGGGUGUGUGUUGUUGGAGCCACGUUCAGGUGUGCUGGCUCCGCAAAGCAUGGUGAGUUUCCGUGUCCGGGUACCAGGUGCCCAAAGAGUGUGUGUUGUUGGGGAGAAACGAACGGAUCUAAAAAUGAAUAAGAGCAGAGUUUGGGAAGGUGAAGCUCUCACUGGAAACGCCACGCAACUUAAGCUUGCCACUGUCACCAAAGAAACCAAUGAUAUGCAUGUUCUCAUGAUAUUUGAUGUCAUUAACCUGAAGAAUGAAUUGUGAAUUGACAUCUGUGAAGAGGACAAUGUCUACAUUCAUACUGCAGUUGAAUGUGGCCCAAAUCUUUUUUUCUUUUUCUUUUUCUUUUUUUUUUGCUGACAUGUGACACAGAUCUUUUGGAUGACAGUGUGAACUGCAAAUAUCGCAUUUAAUCUGACAUUUUCAAUCCUGAUCUGGACCACAUUCAUACUGUAAGUGGAAAUGUGUCAGAUACAUAUCUGACUUGAAUUCAGUGUGAUCAGUCAGGUUGUAAUUAAUGCAAUUAUUUUGACAAUCUAACUAUAUCAUUAGUAUUACUCUGCCUGGCCAAAAAAGAAAAACAAGUCACAUACUCUAAUAUUUCAUUGGACCUCCUUUAGCUUUGAUUAUGACGUGCAUUCAUUGUGGCAUUGUUUAAAAAAACUUAUGCAACGUCACAUCAUUUAUUUCCAUCCAGAGUUGCAUACAUUUUUGGCCGAGAUCUUGUAUUGAUGACGGGAGAGUCAAACCACUUUGUAAAGGCUUCUCCAGCACAUCCCAAAGACUUUCAAUGGGGUUAAGGUCAGGACUCUGGCCAAUUCAUGUGUGAAAAUUAUUCCUCAUGCUCCAUGAACCACUCUUUUACAAUUUGAGCCUGAUGAAUCUUGGCUUUGUCAUCCUGGAAUAUGCCUGUGCCGUCAGGGAAGAAAAAAUCCAUUGAUGGGAUAACCUGGUCAUUCAAUACAUUCAGGUAGUCAGUUGACUUUAUUUUAUUGUCGUGUAACGUUGCUGAGCAUAGACCUGACCAACUGAAGCAACCCCAGAUCAUAACACUACCUCCAGAAUGCACACUAUGCAUGAUGGGUGCAUCGAUUCAUGUGCUUCCCUUCUUACCCUGACGCGCCCAUCGCUUUGGAAUAGGGUAAAUCUGGACUCAGACCACAUUACCUUUUUACAUCGCUUCACAGUCCAAUCUUUAUGCUCCCUAGCAAACUGAAGUAGUUUUUUCCAAUUAGCCUCACUAACAAGUGGCUUUCUUGUGGCCACACAGCUGUUUAGUCCCAAUCCUGUAAAUUCUUAUCACAUUGUGCAUGUGGAAAUGCUCUUACUUUCACUAUUAAACAUUGCCGUGAGUCCUGCUGUCGAUUUUUUACGAUGUGACUUCAAGCAUUUUAGUGAUCUCCAAUCACGAUCAUUCAAGAUUUUUUUCUGACCACAUUUUUUCUGCGAAGCUGACAGUUCACCACUAUCCUUCCAGGUUUUAAUAAUGUGUUGGACAGUUCUUAACCCAGUUCCAUUGAUUUCAGCAAUCUCCUUAGUGAUCUAAAUCUCUUUGCUUGAUGCAGGUCAAUAAUUCGCCCCUUCUAAAACACACUAACAUCUUUUCUACAACCACCGGAUACAUCUUCCGACAUGGUUGUUUAAGAAAUUAGAAGAUACAGACUGUAUCAGUUAGGGUUCAAAGAAGUGUUGCCAGCUGAAACCUAUGAAUCACUGCAAUAAUGAUCCAAUCUUAGGCUCUUAAGUAUCUGCUUAUUUAAAUCCAAACUGUGAUUUUUUUGUUUGUUUUUUUUUUUUUGGCCAGGCAGUGUAUAUAGGGGCAAAACUAUAUUUGUUUCAAAUAUAUAUUUAUGUACAUUAUGUCUCAAAUAUUUUCUAUAGAGUGCAACUAUGCCCGCCCUCUUUUUUUCCCGUAAAUUUAUUCCAUAGGGAUUUCGUAAAAUCCUUCAUAACAGAGUUCUAAUCCAGAACCAGGCUGUUGUGCUCUAUUAUCAAGACUUGAGGUCUAGUUUCAUAUAAUAACAAAACAUGAUAUCAUGAAGUUUGCUGAUGAUGUUAUAAUGAACAUGCCAGGGAAGGGUGUUUAAUGUUUGCAAGCCAAUUAAGACCGGUAUCUCUUUUCAUCUACAUUUAAAAAGUCAUAUGAACAGCC